AUGAGCUGGGGGCUCCGGAGCAGCCUGUGCCUGCUGCUGUGCCUCGCGGCGUGCCAGGACGCUCGCGCUUCCCAGCCCGGCUGUGCUGGGGUUUUGAAGGCAGUGAGCACAGAACGUGUUAAUGAGGAUGGUAUGGAGAUAGAGCCUGGUUCCCUGUCCUGCCCUGACCUACAAGCUCCUGUGGAUGGACAGAAGUUUGGUACGAAGUAUUUGGUGGACCACGAAAUCCACUUCGCCUGCAACCCGGGCUUCGAGCUCCUGGGCUCCAGCAUGCGGAUGUGCCAGGCGAACGGCAGCUGGACGGGAGAGGAGCCUCAAUGCAAAGGUAUCAGCAAAUGCUCCAGCCACCCUUGCCAGAACGGUGGGACGUGCGUGGAGAGGCUGAACCAGUACGAGUGCCUCUGCCCCCAGGAGUGGAGUGGGAUGAACUGCCAGUACCAAACGCAGACGGGGGCACCUAGAGCACGUGGCACAGGACUGCGUCCAAGCUCCCCCGGCGAUUCGCCUUCCACCCCCAAGCCCCGCUGCGCCAAGACGGAGCGGAGCCAGCACUGCAGCUGCGAGGCCGGCUUCCACAUGAGCGGCACGGUGGACAACGGCGUGUGCCGGGACAUCGACGAGUGCGAGGUCUACAAGCUGGACGGGGGCCCUCGGCUCUGCAUGUAUCAGUGCAUCAACGUCCCCGGAUCCUACCGCUGCGCCUGUCCCCGUGGCUACAACCUCCUUGGCGAUGGGAAGAGCUGUGAAGACAUAGACGAAUGCGCGCUGUCCCAGAACAACUGCACGAGGGGAACCACGUGCAUCAACACAGGAGGGGGUUUUCAGUGUGUCAGCCCAGAGUGCCCCCAGUCCAGUGGCAACAUCAGCUACGUGAAAACAUCACCCUUCCAGUGCGAGCGCAACCCCUGCCCGAUGGACAGCAGAGCCUGCCACCACGCAGCCAAAACCAUCUCCUUCCACUACCUCCCGCUGCCAUCCAACCUGAUAACUCCCACCCCUCUGUUCCGCAUGGCCACGGCCUCUGCCCCUGGCCGGCCGGGCCCGGACAGCCUGCGUUUUGGGAUCGUGGGAGGCAACAACAGAGGGCACUUCGUGAUGCAGCGUUCCGACAGGCAGACCGGGGAGCUCAUCCUCGUGCAAAGCCUGAAGGGCCCCCAGACGAUAGAGGUGGAUGUGGACAUGUCCGAGUACCUGGACCGCGCUUUCCAGGCAAAGCACCUGUCCAAAAUCACAGUCUUCGUGUCUGCCUAUGAGUUCUAGAGGAGGCGGUGGGUGCCAG